UUCUUUCAGUCUCUCUGUUCAAUCUCUUCUCCCUUUGCCUCUCUUUGUCCACCAUUAAAGUGGGCACUGCUUUGCCGACGCUUUCUUUCUCUCUUUAAAAGUCCCUUUUCUCACUCUCUCAUAAGCAAGCAGAGCUCAGUUUUAUGCAGAAGAAGCCGAAUUGUCAAUGUCCAUUUGAUUGAAUCUUCUUUGCUACCUCAAAAGUUGUAUUCUUUGUUUUGUAUAUUUGGUGGGUUUGAUCCAAAUGAGGUCCAGUACUCUGCUCGACUCAGCUAUCUUCCACCUUACUCCCACUCGUACCAGGUGUGAUUUACUUAUUACUGCAAAUGGAAAGACUGAAAAAAUUGCUUCGGGUUUGUUAAAUCCAUUUCUGGCUCACCUGAAAACUGCUCAAGAUCAAAUUGCCAAAGGUGGUUAUUCUAUUUUACUUGAGCCUGAAAGAAGAAAUGGCCAUGAUGAUGAUGAUGAUGUUUCCUGGUUUACAAAGGAUUCACUUGAAAGGUUUGUGCGAUUUGUUAGCACCCCUGAUAUCCUUGAACGAGUUUAUACUAUAGAAUCAGAGAUGUUGCAAAUUGAAGAAUCAAUUGUUAUUCAGAGAAAUAAUGAUGCUGUAAUCAACAAUGUAGAACACCGUCAAUCAAAAUCUAUUACAAAUCAUGAAGCCAGCAAUACAAUGAGAGAUGAUGCGAAUGAGGAGAAGGGUAUUGUCCUUUACAAGCCUGACGAUGAAGAACACGAGGGAAAUGGUUCUGAAGAAAAUUCAAAAGUUAAACUUCUAAAAGUGCUGGAGAGUCGGAAACUUGGACUGCAGAAAGAACAAGGAAUGGCUUUUGCACGCGCUGUGGCUGCAGGGUUCGACAUUGAUCACAUGAAUCCUUUGGUUUCAUUUGCUGAAUGCUUUGGAGCCACACGUUUAAUGAACGCUUGUUUAAGGUUCAUGGAUCUCUGGAAAAGAAAGCAUGAAAGUGGGCAGUGGCUUGAAAUUGAAACAGAUGAAGCAAUGUGUAAUCGCUCAUCAGAUUUCUGCACCAUGAAUGCUAUGCUUUUUUCUAGUACUGUUGAGGAACAAAACGAUGACAGUGCUGAGAAAAGGAAUCUUGUGGAUCAGAAAGAAGGAUACAUUCAAGGCCAAAUCCCACAGCCCAUUUUCUUUCCUCCUUGGCCUAUGCAUUCACCUCCAGGAACUGUUCAAGGAGUGCCCUAUUACCAUGGCUCACUUUAUCAACCACCUUAUCAAAUGGACAACAAUUUCUCACCAAAUAUUGAUUCUAGAGUUGGACGCAGUAACAAAAGGAAUUCUUUGGAGGAGUUUACAAAAGAAGAUUCCGAAAUAUAUCAGAAGAAAACUAGCAGAUCGAGUAAAAAGAAACCAGAUGCUGUUAUCAGAAACUCUUCAGAUUGCAGCGACUCAGAAGAGGAAUUGUCUUCGUCCUUGAAAAGGAAAGGGAAUGAAUAUCGUUCAUCAAAGCUGGAAUUGUAUAAAUGUGAUAAUCGAGAAGAAAGGAGCUAUGGAAAUGAGAUUGAUAAUGGCGGGCAUUGGCAAGCAUUCCAAAAUCUUUUAUUGAGAGAUGCUGAUGAAGACAAGCAUGUUUCAGAUAAAGAGAAAAAGGACGAAUCUUUCAUUGUUCCUUUCAGGACUGGUAAUGUUGACAGGACUGCCAUCGAUGUUGAAUCUGAGCUUCCAUCGAAGCAUCAGAAGUUAGAAUACAAUUCUUCCAGAUCCAAUAAGAAAACUAGUUAUGAACAAUAUGACUUGAACUUGAAGAAACAUGAAGGCCGAGCUAAGAAAGAGACCGCAGGAUAUGAUCCUGCUCUGGAGUCCAACAAAUCACAGAAUAACAGAAUUAAAAGUGGUAAUGUAGCUAAGAGCUUAAACAGAACUACAGAUAAAAAGAAGUAUGCAUCUGUUGGAGGACCAAUAAGGAAGGUGAAGAAGCCAUCAAAGAUGAGUCAGCUAGACGAUGCUAAAGCACGUGCUGACAAGCUGAGAAGUUACAAAGCUGACCUCCAGAAAAUGAAGAAAGAAAUGGAGGCAAAAGAGAUGAAAAGGUUGGAAGCUUUGAAGAUUGAAAGACAGAAGAGAAUUGCAACAAGAGGCAGUUCUUCAUUGCCCUCACCACAAAGCAAAAAACAAUUGCCUUCGAAACUGUUUUCUCCUAGCUCUCAUCCCGGUUCAAAAUUCAGUGAUUUGCAGCCAGCAGCAUCGUCUCCAUUACAGAGAUCGAAGAUAAGAAAUGCUUCACUUAUGUCAAAGAAUGAAUCUAACAGAGCUUCCAAAACAGGGAAUAACAAUAAUAGGCUGGUUAAAUCAGUUUCCUCAUUGCCAGAUCCAAAUAAAAAAGACAAUGUUGCUGUUACUGUUGCUGAUACAAAGGCUUCAAUGGCCAGAAUAAGAAGGUUGUCAGAACCUAGAACAGUUGGUCCUGAAUCAGUAUCAAAACCGAAGGUGGUAUCAUCAUCUAGUGGACGACCUGAUAGUAAGAAAAUAUCUGCUAUUAUAAAUCUAGACAAAAGAAAGUCUGCAACACUUCCUGAACUGAAGAUUAGAACAUCAUCGAAAAGGACUAUGGAUGGAAGGACCAAACUAACAACAGUAAAUGGAACCAAGUCAUCAUCUGCAGCUUCUGAAACAAAGAAUGUACUUAAAAUAACAGCGCAUGAUAAUGAUGAUGACAUGGAUGUAAUUGAGAAGGCAGUUGUCAUUCUCGAGUGUGAGAAGAAGCCUUCUGUAGUUGUUCAACAAACCUGUCUGUUCGAUGAUCUGAAAAAAUCUGAGGUAAGGAAUAAUAAUGAAGGUUCGGAGGAAAGGCAGAAAAACUUUGGGGGUAAGACGGUUGUGGAGAAGCAUAAUCAACCUAUCCCCACACCCUCUUAUGCUACUAGACCCGAAAUGUUAGUAGACAGGAGAGUAGCAGAAACAACUAAAGUAAUCCAGCAUAUUUCUGGACCUCAUAAUAGCCUGAAAUUGGAAAGGAUUCCUGAAAUACUGGAGAAAUCGCCUAAAGGGCUUAAACGAUUUUUAAAUUUUGGAAAGAAGAAUAAAAAUUUAGCUGGUGUAAGUUAUUACGAUGGUUCUGAUGCAGCAGCAGAUGGUGGAAGGGCAGUUUCUUCAGAAGUUGGUAGUAGUAAUACAUUGAAGAAUCUCAUCUCACAGUCACUAGAUGAAUAUUCAGAUUCUGCCUCUACUACAACACCUCAAAAGUCUUCGCGCCACAACUUUUCCCUGUUGUCUCCCUUUCGAAGCAGCAAGAAGAGCAGCGAAAAGAAGAACCAGAGCAGCUAAAGUUUGCGAUUUCAAGUUAAGUGUGACACAAUGAGACUUGCUCCCCCUGUUCUAUUAGAAGGAAAGGAAAGAAUAGCUGAACUUGUGUAAUAUGUAAAGUUGAACUUGUGUAAUAUUAUAUUAUUGUUUUAUUAAAUACAAUCAAAAAAUGACAAAGACUAAACAUUCUA